GCAAGCCUGUCGGGGGACCGAGAACGGGGCAAGCAAACCUUUCAUAACUGUAAAUGCAGAUAAGUGGUUGUGCGCGAGGGGCCGAAACGACGUCUUUCUCGCAUCAAAGCUAAUUAUAAACGUCAAAGCUCACGGGUUCCCUCGACAAGCAUUCGUACCAGCUUCGUUCCCGGUCGACGGAUUAAAAUGAGAGACGAAAGAUGUCAAAAGAAAAUUCUUUGUGUCUUGUGAAAGUUGUGUGCCGCGGGAUUCCUCUGGGAUAUGAAGACGGAAAAUUAGGACUCGGGGUAAAGGAGCAGCUGUGGUACUAUGAUGGGAGAUGAUGGCAGAUCACAGGAACAGAUCAGGCAUCUGUCUCCUAACAGAAACAAGGAGAGGCGUAGUCGAGGCGGCCCCAGGAGUCUGUAUCUGAAACGGUCUGAAAAUGGAUUUGGGUUCACACUCAGGCACUUCGUCGUCUAUCCACCGGAGUCCAAUAGCGUGUUGUCGAAUGACAGGAGGUACGGGCUCAGAGGCGGUCCCUCGGACCGUCCGAUGGACACGAUCUUCGUCAAGUCAGUGAGACCCGGGAGCGGAGCUGCGAUCGCCGGUUUGUCCGCUGGAGACCAGCUGGUCAGCGUCAACGGCGAGCCCAUCACGGGCAGAAGUUACGCGCAAGUCGUCCACCUCAUCCAGGCCUCACCGUCCUACCUGCAUCUCCUCGUCGUACCCAAGGAAGAAGACCUCCUCCAGUUGUACUACGGUGAAACUGCUCACAACCCGAAGACGAACCAGAGACCGCAUAGCAGGUCGCGCGGCUCGCCUCACCACAGCCCGGCUGCGUCUUCUUCGCCGGCCAGGAGAGCCAUCGAGAACAGUCCUUCGCACUUCCAAGUGAAAAUGCCUGCAGAGCCAGACUACAGUGGAGGCAGUGAUAGCAUGACGGGUGGUGGUUACUCUUUGCCUUCAAAUAUUCCACAUUGCCGGCUUUCAUUUGAUGGCGGAUCCUCCCGGAGGGAAUCUCAGGAAACGACUCAAAGCAGUGAUGACUCCGUCAUCAUGUCAAGGAUUCGGAGAAGUCUUGAGCAAAAGGAAGAAUUCCUCCGAGGAGCUACUUCUCAGAGUCCCACACCCCUGAAGGAGUUUUAUUCCAGGCCGCAGAAACUUCAGCCUCCCGUCUGGCCUCCCGCCAUUCCAGCAUCUUCGGUUGGACAACCCCUUCCAAAAGAGAUCGUCGGAAACGGACAGCCUUUGACCCCAAGAGGCUUUGUCUACGGUGGGCCGGUGACCAAUGCUCCGAUGAUGGACAACUGCGGCCGUUACACUGCCAGACUUGGGAGAAUUCAAGAACGCCACUCAUCGCCCCCCAUCAGGCAGAUGUCACCUCCUGCAAGAAGCUCAUCACCAAUGAGGCAGACAUCUCCACCUGUAAGACAGGGUUCACCGCUAAGUACGAUACCACCUCUAAGGAUUGUAUCAGAAAGGGCAAGGCAAUUUGAAACAGGCUUAUGUCUUGCAGACAAGACAGAUCUCUAUAGGAGCGAGUUGGCAAGACUGAACAAAAAAAAUGUCCCAAAUGUUGCUGUUCGAAGGAAAGAAUUUGAAAGCAGGGCAUUGGACUGGAGACAGCACCGAGAGAGCAGAAGUUUAGAUAGUACAACAACAGGGAGUCUCUCGCCUACCCCCACUGGCAAUCGGACGAUACCAAUCGGCAGCACCAAAAUCCAUUGCGACCCUCCAGAAGGCUAUCACGAUGCAUCAGAAUUUACUGCAAACGAAAAUUCCGAGCGACAAACGACUCGACCAAGGUCAAAUUCCGUCGAGGGCAUUUGGAGUGAUAGGAUGUCACCGAGGAGCACAAGCAGUGACCCACCGCAGAGACACAAAGCUGUCAGGCAAGACUCGUACCUCGCCGCCGUCAAAAAACCAGUACAGCAAGUCGAGGUGAAGAAGAGUGGAGACGAGGUGAAAACGCUAGAGAUCAAAAUACUGCCGGCGACACCAACAAAGAGACCACAGAGGCCCACAAGGCUAGACCUGUCAGAGACAAAUCAACCAGCCUUAUCGAUAGGGCAAACGCCAAGUCCGACUUGUACGCCUGACUCUGACCUGAGACCUGACCAAACACCUUUAGAUUGUGUUAUCAAAAGGCCAAAACCUCAACAAAAUGAUGAAGGUUCUGAAGAUGAACGAGCUACCAGGAGAGUGUCGUACCUGAAAGCGACGUGGGCCGACCGAGGUCAUUUAGAGAGUGAUUUAGAAUUAAGUGACAAUGAACCUAUACUUUCCCCACACAGAAGGGCAUUCAGAAAAUGGAGGCCGCCCCUCUUCCCAGAUGAUAUUCAGAAGAUCGUGCGACUGUUUGAACCAUUGCCAACGAUUUACGACUCAUGUGUUGUGGCUGUUCCUCAGAAAGAUCAAGAAGCCACUAUAGAAGGUCCAUUGUAUUACAAGCUCACACAAAUCGAUGGAAAGAAAGCUUCUGACAGGUCGUGGAGGACGGUUUGGGCCAUUGUGAGGUCCGAGGUGCUGUACAUAUUCCGCGACAAGAAGGAUGCUAAUUCAGAGACGCCUGUGGAUCAUGAGAUGAUCGAGCUGAACAACUCGACCGUCUCGCAGGCUGAUGAUUACACAAAGAGAAGACAUGUCUUUCGCCUGUCGACACCGUCGUCAUCUGAGAUCCUGCUGCAAGCGGAAAGCGCGGAUGAGAUGACGAGAUGGAUAUCUGCCCUGUCCAAGCACGAUGCCUUGCAACAGGUGCCUACUGGAUCCUUGCAGAACGUAUCGCCUGUCACCGCCCACAAAGGGUUGAUGAAAAACAUAACGACAACGUUCAGGAACCGCUCACCCACUGGUCAGUUGCCUGUCAACAAGAACAGGAAGCCGAGUCAGAAUGAAGUGCCAGUCGGUACCGCCAAGAGCAAAACGUGGAAGGUCAGGGUGGCAAAGCAGCUGAAGAAAAUACAAAGUGGUAGUGGUUCUCCUGUCUCUCCAACGGCUCCGAUCUCCUAUCAGGAAGGUGCUACCAUCGGUGUACCUCUUGAACUAUGUCCAAGGUCCAAAUGCAACGAAUUUGUACCAUUGCUUGUUGAAUUAUGCACUGGAAUUGUUGAAGAAAGAGGCCUUGAUAUAAUCGGCAUUUACAGAGUACCAGGAAAUACAGCUGCAAUAACAUCAUUGACGGAUGCUGUCAACAAAGGCUUGAAGGAAGCCUUGAUGGACCAGGACCAGAGGUGGUCUGAUGUUAACGUGAUCUCAUCGCUGCUUAAGCUGUUCUUUCGUAAACUACCAGAUUGUCUUCUGACGACUGAGCUCUAUCCAAACUUCAUCAAAGCCGACAAGAUCGAAGACCCAAAAAUGAGGAUAGUCUCGAUUCGGAAGUUGGUCCACGAGCUGCCGGACCACCACCACCACACGUUGAAACACCUCAUGAUGCACCUCAAACUUGUAGUGGAACAUUCGAUCAUAAACAAAAUGGAAGCGAGAAACCUCGCUAUCGUCUUCGGGCCCACUUUAGUCAGAGCCGCUGAUGACAAUAUGGUCACCAUGGUCACCGACAUGUCGCAUCAGUGUCGCAUUGUAGAGACAUUGAUUCAACAUGCCGACUGGUGUUUUGGGGAUGAAAGCCUGGACAGGCUUAGGCUCCAAGAGGCGCAUGACAAUGGAGGCCAAAUCCUAGAAUCCGACUCCGCUCUGCCCAACCAAUCACUUCUCCUCGGAAACGUCCACAAACUCGAAGGAAUGAAAGGAGUAAUGGAUGUGAGUAGGCGUGAUAUCGUCACAUCAAUCAUAACAGCGGCCAACAAGAAAAUGAAAGGCAAAGCGAGGAAACAGAUUUCGUCCACAUCAGAAGAAUUACAACCAGAUAAAGGUGACAAACAUAAGGAUGGUAAUAGGAAGGGUAGUGGUGACGGAAUAGACGGCGAAAUGAAAUCUGUGGCCUGCGCCCUUGCCUCCGGUGUCAGGGAGACCGCUAUGUUCUCAAAGUCGAUGAUUGUAACACCACAGCUCGAUAAUGUUGAAAAAGAAGUAGAGGAAAAGUGCAUAGAAACCGCGGCAGUUAAGCCGCCUACGUCAAACGAUGGGACGAUUGUGACGUAUACCGGCUUGUCGGAAACAACCCAAGAAAGAAUAAGAAGGUUUGAAAUGGAAACAAAAGCCAUGCUUCAAAGGGAUAAAAUGCUCAACACACAAUUUUUAAGACCCAUCGCUCCUCCGGCUAUUGGUAAUAAAAUAGCUGAAAAAGGAAAAGAGGGACAGAAGGCCGACGGCUUAACACCGUUGGACAAGUGGAGGCAGAUAACGUCUCCUCCACAAAAGGAAACUGAAGGUGACAAGGCACGGCUAGCUAGGUGCGGGAGCCUCGACUCACUCACCGAAUCAUACGAGCAGAGUCAGACCCCGAUGAACAAUAACAUAAACGAAGCCAUUGUCGGGGGAGUUGAUCUUGUAUCAAGUCUGACUCUCACAUUCGAUGCAAAAAUGAAAUCAUUAGGUCUCAUAUCACCGACCGAAGCCGCAAAUGGAGAAAACUGUGAAGAAAGCGAAGAUGGGAAAUCAUUUCGGGACCCUUCACUCCACCGAAGUUUUACAUCUCCAAAUUUAGAGUUUAAAACAUUAGAGCUUCCAAUUGUUGGAAAUUUAAAAGAAGAAGAAAAGAUCGAAGUCGAAAAGGAUGACGAGAAAGAGAACCAAGUUAUCAACGGUGGUAAACUCAAAAGAUCCGAGUCGUUCAAUAAACGGGAAGAGAAGAAAGACAAUAAGCUUCUUAGACGGAGUGAAUCGUUAAAUAAGAAAGAUUCAAGUAUGAACAAAUUAAAACGGUCCGAUUCCCUCACUAAGACGGAAAAGACAGACCUGAACAUCUCAAAGAGGAAGCAGGCGCUGGAGGCUGCGACAAAAAAGAUGAAAAGGAAGACAGGAGGAGGAAGCGAGAGGUCGAUCAAGCGCAGGCACACUGUCGGCGGUACCAAAGACUUCGACAAAGCAGCCUGGCUCGACAACAAAGAACGAGAGGUGAACGAAGAAAGGCGAAGCUCCUCCCCGGAUCUCUCCGCCGAUAUAGUCAGACCCAUCCUCGUCUUGAGGCCACACUCAGUCAUUGCGGACUCCCCUCUCGAGUCCCACAUGUGAUAGAAAAUCUCUUAGAUUUUAAUAAUUAAAAAACUUAGGGAAAUAGCACGUUCAGUAUUUUGUACAUUUAAUUGUCGAAAAAAUGGAAUAUUUUUGUAUGAAGGCAGGUCACAGAAAUUCCAGUGAGACAGCAUAUCUUUUUGUCUUUUUUUUUCCAAAUUAAAAAAAAAAAAACUGUCCGUCCCAAAUUUAAUAAAUGAUUAAAUGUAUUUUUCCCAUCUCUGAAUGUGUGCGCACUGAACAUUCCACUUAAUCUUAAAGGUCUAUAAAAACCAUUAAAAUGCGAGUGUUUUUACAACCCCCUUAUUUGCGCCCCAUUAAAGUUUAAAAACUAACAUGACUUGUUUUGUUUUAUAUUUGUAUUAUUCCUUUUGUAAUUUUUAAGGUAUAAAAUUGUGAAAUUCAUGUAUUUAUUUCAUCUCAAUCGCUGUGUAAAUAAUUUUGUGAAUAACUUUGUAUAUAAAUUUAGAUACCUAGAGUACAAAUUUCAUUUACCAUUUUGGAUGACUUUCUUCAUGUUAUUUUAUAAUGUACAUGUAAGUUUUCUAUGUUGUACUAAAAUUUGAUUUUCAUUUUCUGAAUAUUUUAAAAAGAAAAUUUAAAAAAAAAUACCUGUGAUUCAAUUAGGUUUUAAGUUUGUGCAAUUUUAAA